CCGCCGCGGUCUGCGUCUUGGGGAAACCAUCUCCCGAGCAGAGCCCUGGCAGACCACACCAGACCAGACCUUCAUCCCAGCAUGAGGAAGGCCGCCAGCACGGUUGUGCUGCUUGCCCUAGCACUUUCCCACUUCUCAGGCGGUGCUCUUGGAUCAGAGCUGAAUUGCAGUCAGUACUCCCGGGUCGCAGCUAAGGAUGGCAAAGCGCUGAUUGUCUGCCCUCGACACCUGGAACCAGUCUGUGGCACAGACGGCGUCUCCUACAGCAACGACUGUGGGAUCUGCGUCCAUAACUCAGAGCACGAAGCAGACGUUGGUGUAAGACACCAGGGACAAUGCCAGCAGGGGCUGCUCCCGGAGGACUGCAGCAAGUACCCAUCCCGGACGACCAAGAGUGGCAAAGUACUGGUAUUCUGCCCUCGGAUCUACAGUCCCGUCUGCGGCACAGACGGCGUCUCGUACAGCAGCCUCUGUGAGAUCUGUGCCCAUAACCUAGAGCACGGGGCACACAUUGGCAAGAAGCAUGAUGGAGAGUGCAAGAAGGACAUCCAGAAGCUCGAUUGCAGCCAGUACCCCGGUAGCGCUGAGCACGGGACAGCCUGUCCGCUCAUCCUGGAUGAAGUGUGUGGGACAGACGGUGUCACGUAUGCCAGUGCCUGCAUGCUGUGUGCUCACAACCGGGAACAAAGGACCAGCAUUGAUGUCAAGCACGAUGGGACAUGCAAGCCAGACUUUGCUCCGCUGAACUGCAGCUCCUACCCGUCCAGGACCACAGAGGAGGACAAAGUAAUAAUAAGCUGCCCAAGGAUCCUGAGCCCAGUCUGCAGCACAGACGACGUCACGUUCGCCAACGACUGUGAGAUCUGCGCCCAUAAUGCGGAGCACAGGACAAACAUUAACAAAAAGCAUGAUGGCGCAUGCAAGAAGGAAACCACUAAGGUGGAUUGCAGCCAGUACCCCACCACGAUUUCUGAAGAAGGAGACACGCUUAUAGGCUGCCCAAGGAUCCUGAAGCCUGUCUGCGGCACGGACGGCGUCACCUAUGACAACGACUGCGCGAUCUGUGCCCACAACGUAAAGCAUCGUGACGCCAGCGUCAGCAAAAAGCACAAUGGGCCUUGUGAACCGGAGACUUCAAAGCUUGAUUGCAGCAAGUACCCCCAGGUAACCACCAAGAACGGCACGGUGCUGGUGGCCUGCCCAAUGAUCUACAACCCGAUCUGUGGCACGGAUGGGAAAACGUAUGCCAGCGAAUGCACGCUGUGCAGCCACCAACUGGAAGUGCUGCAGCUAAUCCUUGACUCCCCAGCCAUGAGCCACAGGAAGGCCGAGCUCAAGGUUGACAUAAAGCAUAGCGGCCUGUGCCCGGAGGACCUUCCCAAGCUUGAUUGCAGCAAGUACCACCACAUAACCACCGAGAGAGGCACGGCACUUGCCUGCACAAUAUUCUACAGCCCGGUCUGCGGCACGGAUGGGAACACGUAUGACAACGAAUGCAGGCUGUGUAACAACAACCUGUACGCCAAGCCCAGGGUUGAAAUACAGCAUAGCGGCCCGUGCGCGAAGGACCCUUCCAAGGACGACUGCAGCAACGUCCGUGAAACCACUCUGACCUGUGCCCUGCUGUACCAGCCCUACUGCGGCUCUGACAACCAGACAUACGGGAACCGAUGCUUUUUCUGCAACGCGGUCAUCGAAAGCAGCAGGACUCUCACCUUGAGCCAUUACGGCGAAUGCUGAAUCCUUACUGGCACCGAUUCACAUGAGGACCGCCACGCCGCCCUUUGGUCCAUCCCGUCUCCCCCUCGGCAGAUACCACACGAAGUCCUCGCCUCGGCUCAUCUUGGACCCUGAAGGACUUGCGAUCCUUGUAGGCUUGUUGGUGCAGUAAAAUAAAACAGAGUCUUUCUCUUGUUUUAA